UAGACUGGAAGCCAUCUCUACAUUUUCGGACGCAUCUGACGUUUCCUCCAACGAUUUAUCAGGACCUGAAGACGGUGAAUGUGAUUCCGAGGAAGAACCUGGAAAAGAGUUUACUAAAACUCAGUUUAGAGCUGCUAGAAUACGACAGAGUUUGUUGUAUAAGAAACCUGAGAAAAGGAUAUCUGUUAUAUCAGAGAAAUCAUUAGAUUUUGUCCCACUUCCUUUAGAAGAUAUUUCCCCUGGUCGGGAUAUCGACGAUCUACCAGAAACACAGGAUCCCUAUACGGAUUUUGUUCCCCCUGAGGCUCAAGAGGACUCCCCUGGUCACAGUAAUCCCUUCCAGGAGGAUUCCCCUCGGGAAAGACGUAAAGGGAAGAAGUUAAAGAAGGAGAAGAAGAAACGAAGAAGAGACUCAGAGGGCAGAAGAUCUAAAGAUACUAAACGUAGAAAAUACAGUGAUGAGGACCGGAUUGUAGGAAGUCCUAUAUCUAGCGGUCCUGACGAUAUCACUACAGCCAGUCCUAUUGUCGGCAGUCCUAUCAGCUCAGGAGAAGAAGGUUGGAAUUCCAACACGAAAUAUCGUGAUACCGAGCCUAUUUUACACUUCAAGCACAAGGAGCCUCUCCUACCGGAUCCACCAGGUUACUACCACACCCCUGGGAAGUAUCUACCUAACCUACCUAAACCUACUCCCGCCAAAUACCCCAGCCCUCCUCCCUACCUUCAAUCCAUCAGUCCACGUGGUCCUGGAAAAGUAGGACCAAGAACCCCCCCUCUCAGUCCACCUCCUGGACCAAGGACCCCAUCACCUCGGGGACCACGUACCCCUUCUCAGUCCCCACCGCAGCGCAGGGGGCCCCGAACCCCUCCUGAACCCCCCACAGGGGCGCAAUCCCCCCUGUCGUCUCCAGAUUCUGAAAUGAGCAGCAGAUAUAACGACUACGAUAGAUCCAGGCGGCAUAGCCCAGGGAGAAAGUAUCGAAGCCCAGAAUCUCGCCGUCGCAGUUCAGACACUCGCCAAUACUCCCCAGAAACCCGCCGAUACAGCCCCGAAACCCGCCGAUACAGCCCCGACACCCGAUCAGCCACCCCGGAAGGCAAUGAGGCACGUGGUACCACCCCCGACGGCCGAUCGCCGUACAGUAGUCGGGCGCAAUCGCCGUCAAGGCGGAAGCGUGGGAGUGAUUGGGAGUCCUACGGUUCUACUCCUAAACGAAAGAAGUCCCGGGAUAGAUCUAAGGAACGAGAAGAGAAGAAGAAAAAAAAGAAGAAGGAUAAAACAAAACAGAAAGAUCUCUCAAAAUCUCCGUCGCCAAGAAAGAAGCGAAGAUCUCGCUCAGGCAGUCCAGGCCGAUUCCAGAGACAGGAGGACGCACUGAAGCCCAAGCUAGUGGACAAGAACAAGAUGAAGGACUUGUCCAUCUUUGCCGAGAUGAUGAAGAAGAAGCAGUUGAGGGAACAACUUGAGAGAAAUAUGUCAAGGAGGGAGGAGGGGGGUCGAGAGGACGAGAUAAAGGAGGAAGGGGGAAAGGAGGCUGGAGAUAAAGUGGAAAGGAGAUCAUCCAACGGUUCAGAGGUUUCAAGGGAUAAGUCUGUGCCUAGUGAGAAAUCGACGAAAACCAAAUCUUCACGACCUUCUAAACUACCUGGACCUCCAGGUGGACUGGAGAGAAAUCUAAAUUCUCUGUACUCAGACUCUGACGCACCCUCCACCCCGCCCAGACAGGUUGAAAAAGAGAAAAGAAAGUCUAAGAUAAUGUCCCUGCCCCUGCCUCCCCCGGAAACAGAGAACGGAGAAAAGUCCUGGAAGGAUCGGAAGAAACCUACAGUCAUUGGGAAGGUGGCCGCCGGACCAAUGACAGAGGACGGCCGAGAUUGGGGAGAACGAUGUGUCGAUAUGUACAAAAUUGUCGAUAAGGUAACCAUGAAUUUAGCAGCCCAGGGGGGGGAUUUGAGAUUUGACUUGAUUCCAGGGGAUACUGAGCUGUUAGCACUGAAGAAGGUUAGGUUGGAGAAUGAGAAGGAAGGGUUUCCUAUUACAGCUGUCAGGGAGAUUAAGAUCUUGAGGCAGCUUAAGCACAAGAAUAUCAUUAAACUUAAGGAGAUUGUAACGGAUAAGUCUGAGGCUGUGGAUUUCAGGAAGGAUAAAGGGUCUUUCUACUUAGUCUUUGAUUUCAUGGAACAUGAUCUUAUGGGGUUAAUAGACUCAGGUUUGGUAACCUUCACUGCUGAACUAAACUCUAGUAUAAUGAGGCAGCUGAUGGAAGGGUUGGCCUACUGUCAUGCUCAUAACUUCCUUCACAGGGAUAUCAAGUGUUCUAAUAUACUGAUGAACAAUAGGGGACAGGUGAAAUUGGCAGAUUUCGGUUUGGCUCGACUUUACAAUGCUGAGGAUAAAGAAAGACCGUACACUAACAAGGUGAUAACCCUAUGGUACCGACCCCCUGAACUACUGCUAGGAGAGGAGAGGUAUGGUCCUGCUAUUGAUGUUUGGUCCUGUGGUUGUAUUCUCGGAGAGUUAUUUGUCAAAAAACCACUCUUCCAGGCUAAUGAGGAGUUUGCCCAGCUAAUGGUAAUAUCUCGAAUGUGUGGCACCCCCUGCCCGGCAGCUUGGCCUGAUGUCAUCAAUCUACCUGGGUUUCAAACCCUCAAACCUAAGAAGCAGUAUAA